AUGGCAUUACGGUUUGAAGCUUCCUGUCCUGAAGGACUGUGUCCAGGUUGGAGCAUCAUGGUGAAAGGACAGCCGAGUUCAGCAGCCAAUAAGUUUGAGAUCAAUUUCCUCUGUGAUCAGGACGACAGAAUAGCCCUUCAUUUCAACCCCCGCUUCACUGAAUCGGACAUAGUGUGUAACUCCUUCCUCGCAAAUCACUGGGGGCAGGAAGAGAGAUGCACCAACUUCCCGUUUGACAUCAACGAGCCUUUUCAGAUCGAAAUCGACUCAGACGAAGACAAGUUCCAUGUUUACAUUGAUGACACAAAGAUCAUGCAGUUUAAGCAUCGUGUCAAGGACCUGAAGACCAUCACGAAAGUCCAGGUGGUAAAUGACAUCGACAUCUCCAGUGUAGAAAUCACCAAGAAGCAGUUUUGCUAA